CAGAUGUGGUAAUUAUUGUCACCAUGUGUUUCAUUCUACCAAUCCAUCAGUUGAGUUCAGUUGAUGAUCGAACAACGCCACGAGAUGAUGAUAUCAUUGCUAUUCCUGCUGGCACUCAGCUCUACUUUCCAUAGUGGAUCCCUAAUGCUGACGACUGCCAGAUCGGAGCCCAGCAUCAGACAGUUGCUGAACAAACAGCAGCUGAAGCUGACGAAUCUCGAGUUUACUCUCCGGCAUGUCCUGAGCAAGGUUGUGUUUCUCAGCGAUGCCGAUGUGCAUGCCCCAAGAAGAGGGGAUUCCGAUCCCCUUGUGGAGCUAUCAAAGCGUGUGACUCAACUGCUUCAGCGACUGGCAGAGAGUGAAGAGAGGGCCGCAGAUAUUCUCAGCAGAAUAGAAGAAAAAAUCAGUGCACCGGGAAGUCUGGGACCUGCUUCAAAUGAGACUUUAGGGGUCAACAAAACAGAGGUACAGUUGGUAGAGGUAGAGGUAGAAGAGGUGGAACCCAAACAAAAGGAACUACCUAAAUUGGAUCCAAUGCAACCCGCCAAGGCCGACUGCUACGAGCUCGAGGACUUGACACGACGCGAUGGCAUCUAUCGAUUUCUAGUGCCAGAACUGAACGAAGUCGGCCGGGAUUUCAAUGAGCGCUAUUGCGCUUUCACUUUGGAUGGCCCCGCCUGGACGGUGAUACAGAGUCGCGGACCCUACCAAACGCAGGAGAACUUUAAUCGCACCUGGGACGAGUAUCGCACAGGGUUCGGCAGUUUGGAGAGGGACUUCUGGUUUGGCAACGAAUUCAUACACAAGAUUGUCUAUCGCGACGAUCACAUGCUGCGCAUCGAGCUGGAAGAUCAGGAGGGGACGCGAGAUUGGGGCGAGUACGCGGUGUUCCGGCUGGACAGUGAGAGCUACAACUACCAGUUGGUUAUCGAUGGCUACCAGGGUUCCAUGCCCGAUGCCCUGGAGUACCACAACAAGAUGGAUUUCAGCACUUGCGACCGCAGGAAUGACCAAAGCCCGCGCGAGAGUAUCCCCUGUGCGGUGCGCUUUGGCAGCGGCUGGUGGUUCGAUCGUUGCCAGGAGUGCAACCUCAAUGGGAUCUACACAGGAUCGGGCAGUUCGGGUUUCAUCUGGGCAGACUGGCGGAGCGGUAAUUAUACCUUGAAGACGGCCCGCAUGAUGAUACGACCCGUACGAUUUGUUCCGGCCACCGCGGAGGACAUUUACGACGAGUAAUCCUGGAGCACU